AUGAGGAAGACUCACCUGGAGGGGACCAGCUGGGCGAGCAUCAGGGGCAGGGAGACAACUAGGGCGCAUCCCCCUUGGUCUAGACCAGAGGCAGUAAUGUCUGAACAAGGAGAGAGGAGCAGAGGGCACCCCUUGAUCAGACUGCCCAUCGUGGGCAGCCCCAUCGGGCAGGGCAGCAGGGGUGUCUGCUGCCCAAUGUGUUCUGUCCUUCCAGGGUCUGGUGAGAAGGCGUUCGAGGGGCCAGAGCAACUGAUGGUGGGGUCUGGAGAGUUUCAGUUCAUUAACUGUACUGCCAGUUGUACGGACCCCAAGAGACUUGUUCUGGAGACAGCCCUAAACAAGACUCUCCUGGAGAGCCAGACUCAGUGGAAGCUGUUCAAGGUCUACAACAUCUCCAAGGAUGAGGAGCUCCUGUGUAGCUCCACCUGCGGCGGCAAGCAGGAGACGAAAGUUUUCCACAUCGCCGUGUUCUGCCCUCCAAAGCAAGUGCUGCUGAUGCUGUCGCCCACCUCAAUGGCCAUAGGGAUGCUGUUCACCAUCAAGUGCAGGGUCCCCGUUUGUGGCCCCCCUCGAAUGCCUCACUGUCACUCUGCUCCAUGGUACUGA